CUAAUCAAGGUGAUAUUUUGCUUGCAAUUAAACAGGACUACAUCUAUUGAGUCUGCUAUAUUCUGAGCGCAUUUGAUAGUUUGACAAGGUGUAGAAAGAUAAAUAACAACUGACUUGGAUAAAAUGCUUGUUUCUGCUGGUGAGAGAGGAGAAUCAGACCCACAGUAUUUGGAGAUAGAUAAUUUGGGCAAGUCUGUCGUAAUGGAAUGCUGCCUAAUCUCGUAGAUGUUUGUGUGGCUUUCAUGUUUUGGUUUCGCUCUGCAUUUUCUCACAGAUCUUUAUGAUUUACAAAUGGUACUGUGUGAGCUAUGAGCCUUAUUUUCUGUGCCAUUACAUGGUAUUAUAACGCUGAUGAAAACAGACAAGAUAUUCUUCUGAUGGCUGUGCAUGUGGAAGCACUGUUAUUUGUUAUUUGCAUUAAAGUUCCAUGUGCUCCCUUAUGAACCAACGAAACUUUUGAAAGCUCUGUGUAGAUGAGGAUUUGCCAUUACAAGAACUUGAGAAGAAAUCACUGGGGGUGAAAAGAGGUGUAUUUAUCAAGACACACAUUAUCAGACAUGUUUCUCCUAUGGGACUCAAAGUCUUGAUAUAUAUUCCAAAUGAUCAGUGAUUGUUACACUGCAAGCCUCAGGGUGGCUAGAGGUGGCUUCUGCAGCUGUUGGUCUACAAAUUUUGUUGGGCCUCUGUCCACUACUACUAAGAGACUACCUGUUAUCCUUUGAGGGGAACCACUUGUUUUACCACAAACGUGGCACCUUGUCAGGCAAUACAAGCCAUUCUCCUUUGCGUAGUAGUAUCUCUUACUUUUCUAACUUUUAUUUCCAUUUGUGGUGUCUUGAAUCUUGAAACCAGCACUGGGAGGUGCCACAGGGUAUAGAUUUUAGUGUGUCUGUAUGCAUUCCCUAUAAUUUAGAUAUUAUCUAUCCCAAAUAUUGUACAUGAAACCUUUCUCAGGUGACAGAUCUAUCCCUGACAGCUGCUGCAGAGAGGUCCUUCCACUGAUCUUCUAUAGAGACUUCUAGCGCAAAAAUGGAAACUGAUGCCAAUGGCUGGAUUACAUUGCUGCCGCAGCCUUUGGCUGACCUCAGCAAUACAACUUUCUUGCCAGAGAAGAGCAGUAAAGGGACCAGACAUAAAGCAAAGAUUUUCUCUUCCAUACCUGCUUCACAGUUGCCAAAUAAUGAGGAAGGUUUGAAUGGGAAUGAAUAUAAUAAUAACAAUACAGAAGAACACUUGGGGCACAUAGCUUACUCCUUUUUCACAGCUAGGAAUCCAGCCUAAAAGAAAAUCACCUGCACACCUUGCUAUCUGCCUGCAUCUACUUUUGCCAGACUUUCUGGAGGACAUACUGAUACAAAACAUCUGACAGAAGAAUCAGAAUUAGCUUCUGGCUAGAAUACAGGCCAGUGAGCCCCAAACAGAUUUGGUGGCCAAAACCAAACAAACUGUUUUUAUUUGGAUUUGGCUAUUUAUUACUUUCAGAACUAAAGCAGAAAUAAGUCUGUAGAAAACUCUCCUCAGCGUAGAUUUUUUUUUUAAUGUUAAAAUAUGAAACAUGUAUGAGACUAUAUCAAAAAGAUGCCACCAUCUAUUUGUCAAUAUUUUUGAAUUCUUUUGUGGCUAGUAUUGGUCACCAAGGUAGAUUUUUUUAAUGAUAGAGUGUCAUAUAUUUUUAGAUGAUCAAAAACAUCUCAUGAGAACUUUUUCAGUGUUCAGAACUCAAGUAAUUCACCAUAAGCUGAUGACUACAAAUUUAAUGAUUUAUUUUUCCUGUUCGUGAUAGUACACACAUUCACCAGAUCUGAAAACACUUGUGAAAGGUGGCUGUGUUUAGAGCUCCAUAGUGUCUGAUCUCUGAGCCCUGACCCUGCAACAUUCCUUUUGUUCCCUGCCAAAGAAAACCUGAUUAACAUCAUUCUUACUCAGGAUCAAAGCCCCUGACUUCUAAAGGUCUUUCCUAUUACAUGAGCACCAUGAAGACUCCCACCAAUGCAAGUCACAACACUUGCAAGUCAGAGUGAUAGAAAAGGGACCAAUGGGACCACAGAGGAUAUGGUAGGAAAUCUUUUCCAAGUAUAUCUAUAAUAGUCAGAUCUGUAAAAUACCGUGCUUCUAAGUUUUAAAAGAGAACUUGAACUUCAAUCAUUUUAAGCAAUUGUCAUUUUCUUGUUUUCUCUCAAGGUGCAUUGUCCCAGACUUUAUUUAUUGACCUCCAAGGGCUUGUCUUUUUUUUAGUAAGAGUUGGACAUCUUAACUUGAGUGCUCACUACUUUUCUGCAAAUAUGGAUACAUAAUACUUAAAUGAAAGUUUAACACAAAGUUUAAGCAAAGUUUCAACUGUUAUUAAUUCAGUGGAUUUUCAGCCUUAAUAGGAAAUGAUCUCAUAUUCUCCACAUAUCAGUUCAAAAGGGAGAAUCCAAGGGGGAAACAAAAGAAGAGAAGAAAGUGUAGCAAGGGUAGAGAAAUCUGAUUACACAUUAGUAUUAGCACUGCUGUUGGUAAAAAGAAUCUUAAAAAGAGAACCAACAAACCAACAUAAGAAAGUUAUCUGACGUAUAUUCCUAUAUAAAAAUGCUAAAUUUAUAAAUUAAACAACUUAAAGAAUACUUUUAUUCUUAAAUGGGCAUUAAAAUUGAUCCUAAGCUUUCCCUGUGAAGUCUCUAUUAGCUGUAUGCUACUUACUAAGAUAAUCAGGCACUUGAUUAUACCAUAUUUAAAAUAAGUAAUACCACAUUAAUUUUAUAGUAUCUAAGCCAUUCAGUUUCACAGGUGCACAGGUUCACCAAUAAGCUGUUCCCCUGCUUAUAUUGAUCAGCCAAUUCUUAUGUGGUCUAUAUGCCAAAACAGUACACUGGUCUCCAUUUGACUUCCAGCUCAUGUCACUACUUUCAACUCCUACUGAAGUAAACAGAAGGACUUCCCUUGACCAAUUAGCCUGCAGUUUUCAGCACAGCACAAGAGUCUACAUUAUCAUAGCAUCCAUUCACUAUUUACAGCUCUCACCACAUUCACAUCUCACAGAGGUAGUUGCAAGCAAUGCAAUUUAAGUGUAUCCCCAUCACUACCACUUGCCAAACAUUUUGUUGAAUGUUUUGGUGUUUUUCCCACCUGUUUAGACAAAAUGGCAUAUGCAUGCUAUGCCUUGAAAGAAAACAAAAAAAUGACACUUGCUAAAAAUAUUUAAAGUUCAAAUUCUGUUUUUGAACAAAAUUAUGUCGUCUCUAUUCUUGGAUAUUGAUGGUGAUAAUUACAUCAAUUAUUUCAACAAUGUAGUCAGUGUUGUCACUUAACAUGUUUCUCAGGCAUUUUUUUAUUCCAGAUACCUUAAAACCUAAAUACAGAGUGAAAAUCAGCCAAGAAUAUCACUAGGUUCCAUCCUGUUAUACCGCUGUGCAUGUUGCUCCUUGAGUAAGUGCUUGGCUGCCUUUAUUUAAUUUGUGAAUUGCUCUGGGCUGAAACUGUGACUUCAUUUGUUUCUCAAAUAUCACUGGGCAGUUUUCCUGCUUUGCCUCUGUAUUUCAAUUUACUACAGCAUAACUCAAUUGUUUAAAUUUACAUUUGAGGUAUGCAUGCAUUUAUUCUUAUUGAUUGUGAAUAGAAAAAAAAAGCAGUCUUUCAGAUGUAGUCAAACUAAGAAUAGCAUUCACACACGUGGCAGGAUAGAUAUUAGUUCCAGAGUUAUUUCUAAUGCUAGAACUGAAAAGCCCUUUUGAGCUUUCUAGACCAGACUGGACUGUAAGUGGGAAGACAAAAUCUUUGAUAAUGUUGUUUCUUGAGACUUAUUUAGUAUUAAGAGCUAUGACUGAUGCCAACAAAAGAGUACAUAAAACUCUUAUAUAUAAUGACACAAUCUCCCUUAGGUCACAGGUUUGAAAUAAGGUUCAUACAGACAUAAUAAUUCAUUCUUUCUGAUUCAUCUAUGAGAUAAAGCUUAACUUGUAAUCAUUACUUGAGACAAAUUGCAGCGUAUUAGUUUUGAGCUACCAAAUGAACCAAAAACAUAUGAAAUAAUGCAGCAAUAAUUUAUGAAAAACAAAUAAACAAACAAAAAAACCCUCCUUCCUUUAUUAUCUUGGCUUAUAUGCUUGAGUUCCAAGACAAGAUUAAAUAAUGUACUAGAUAAUAGUUCGUAAUAAUUAUACCAUAAAAUGAAGUGAAGUGAAAAAGCCUGACUUUAAAUUAUAAAGCACUUGAAGAAGAUAGAGACCAUUUCUUAGUGUAAUUUGUGUUAGUCUUCAUUUUAGAUGGAUAUUCUUCACAGAAUACUACCUGUACCUUAUCUUUUUCGCUGAAUAGGUCAUGGAAUGAAGAAAAUAUACUUCAGUCUUUUUUCUCUCAUUUUUCAUUCUGAACUCCUUUUUCCACUUACUGUGGGAAUGAUUACACUGUCAAUGAUGUGGAAGCAGAUAAGGAGUAACCUGAAUUUAAUUACUGUAGGUCUCCUAUCACCCUUAUUGAUUUUUUUUCAUUGCUUCAGUAGAUUUUAUCCUGGUUUACAUCAGUGUAAAUGUAAAUAAGAUCAAAAUCAGAUUCCAAAGAUUCACUCAGCUGUAAACUAUUAUGUUAGGAAAUAAUGAGAUACAUUUGCAUCUUUAUUUUACUUAAAUUUUAAGAGAAAGACAGAAAAUAUACAUAGUUUUCUGUAGGUACUAUUAAAUAUAUAAUUAAAAAUGGAUAAAUUAUGGGACAGUUCCUGUACAGACUAGAGUCGACAGAUCUUGCCUUCACUGAGGAGAACACAACCUUUACAAGUCUGAGAUAAGCAUAGUAAGUGCCAUUUUCUGUCAGUAUGCCACAGCACUUCCUAGCAUUUUUGCCAUUUUUGUCUUUUUAGCUCCAUUUUAAAAGUAAUGUAAAAAUAAAUGUGGUAAAACAAGCAAAGCAGACAUAUUGAGAGGAGGGUGGGAUGAGAAUAGGAAUGAAAACUGGAGCUGUAGUUCUGACCAUCAUCUCUCUGCCAUUUGGAGUUUGCUAUGAAUGUAGCAAAGUGAUAGCUAUUUUAUACUGUUCUGAAUAAAAACCCAUGCUGUAAACGUGUGAUCCAUCCUGUGAUGGGCAAAAGGGGAUAUUUUUCCAUGACUAUAUUUAAUUGCUGUGUGCAUCUGUGAGCUCACUUAAACCCCAUCUGUACUCUACUUCACAAAGCCACAACCCAGCCUUUCCUGAUCAGAAUUAGGUGUGUUGGACAACAUAGCUUCUGCACAAAUUUCAGGAAAGUACUGAUAUCUAUCUAUGUUAGUAAAAUAUUCUCCUUUUCACACAAAGCUCUUGUUUAGGCUAAUGGUAGUUGUUUCCCAGGGGCUAUACAUUUCCCAGUAUUCUCCUGUGUACAGUUUCAUCAAGGAGGGAACCUUGAAUGCUUUUGGUCCCUUUUGUUGCCAUUGUUGCCUUCUGAGUAGCUGAUAUUUUGUCAGUGACAGAGAAUCUGCACUAUUUAUGGGUUUUGCACUAUAAAACUACUGCAGCCCAGUCACAUGGCUUCCUUUUCUAAGCCAUCUGUCACAGAGGUCUGGAAUUUUAUGUGAAUGUUGGUUGUGCAGACUUAACCCAAGUUUUUUUAUUACGAAAAAUGUCAGCAACUACAAUAUUUAGCAUUUUACUUUACAUUGGUCAUUAAACUUGAUUACUGUAGCUCUGUUUCAUGGCUAUAGUUACAUAUCAACUCUGAAGCCAAAAAAUACUGGGGCGAUCAUGGCAGAGCUGUAUUGUCAGAUCCUGGAGUGUGAACUUGGCACUGAUAUAGUUAAUAUCUUGGAUUUUUGUAACUAAGGUUUAUUAAUGCUGGUAUAAAAAUGUAUUUGAUAUUAUACAGAUGGCAUAAGAUGUGGUGGAUACUAAGUUAUUAUCCAGGAUAAGCUGCACUGUCAAAUUCAGGGCUUAAAACUAUCACAGGAGAUUAAACUAUUUACUAAAAAGGGGCAGAAAGAUAUAACCAAAGCGUCUUAGUAUGAACAUAUUAGAAGUGUAUUUACUUCCCAUAAAUAUAAUAAAACAUCUCUUUAAGCUGUAUGAUUGAAAAUGUGAACUUUGUCAUGCAGACGAAGCAAAUGUAAGAAGUGUCUGAGUUUCUGACCUGGGGACAAGCAGAUGGCUUGGUAUGCUUCAGUCUAGGUGUGCAUCUAUCACAGGCCCAUGGAUACAAAAUGGAGCCAGGAUCCCCAAGUAAGGAGAGAUCACUGGCCCUCCAAUUUUCAUCUUCUACCAAGAUUUUCCUUGUGAUUAAAAAUAUUUCAUCAGCUGCAUUUCACCUUUAAGUGAGUCACCACUGACAGUGGUAGAAGACAAAACUGCAUGAACGAAGCUUGUGCCUUCAGUCCAACUGACUUCGUCAUGUCACACUUUCAGUACAGAGGAAGAACUCUCCGCUUCAGUGUAACUGUUUUUAAGAUUCAUAAGUAAGCAUAAAUUUGGUUGCCCUAUCUUUAACCAUUCAAUGACAGACUAAUCUCCAGCAAUAGUUAAUGGGAAAAAAAAGGAGGAGAUUUGCUGUCAGUGUCUCAUCUUUUCCUAAGAAAGAGAUCAAAGUAAAAUGGAAAAACUUGCUCCUUGGGCAUAUCUGUCUCUUUUUUCAACAAAGGAUCUAAGUGAUUCAACUAUGGUACAGGCUUACUUUUUUUUUUCUUACUCUUUCAGAGUAAGAAAGCUUGAUGUGGACUAAUAUGACUGUCUCCGAAGUUACCCAGCACCUAAUACAUCUAGCCUCAAAUUCCCAAGUGGCUUCUGAGCUUUGUGGUGAUGGAAAAUAGUACUGACGAAAACAACAGGAGAAUUCAUCCGCAUUAAAUAUAGCAUUCAACAUGAGUACUACUUCACAUGACCUUGUCAUUUAUCUCUGUGGUCUCUGUAUAUUUUUCAACUUGUUCAGGUUAACACAUACAACUAAGCUACCAAGUGUUCUUUCAGAAGGCACCUUUUUCACCUCUUCCGCUACUUGAUUUAAUAACUGCUUUCAAUAGUGAGGACCGGUCUUACCAAUAUCUAAACACUAUGCCAAUAUGCAGUGUUGCUCCUUACUUAAGGCAUACAUAUUAAUUCCAGACAAUAUCCCUGCAUUUGAAACAGGAAGAGUGAAGGUACAAGAAAUCCCAGCUAUGAAAAGGACACCUUGAGCAAUUAUGUGUAGACAGGAAUUGCAAUGGUCACAAAGGAGUUCGCAAUGGUAAAAUCACCAUCAGGUGAUUUAUCUGUCCACAAGGAUAGGACAAGGGAGCAGUAUCUCAUCAGUGAGUGGAAGCAAGAAGUUUUUCAUCUUCUUUAAGGAUGAUGUGGACAUGCAAAAGCCUGCUUAGGCCUAUGUCCAGAAGCAGAAAGGCUUUUUUCUCAGUGCAGAAUGGGCUCAGGGUUAGCUCUCAUAGCAUGAGCGUGAGGUGAAAUUUUUUGUUGCAUCUAUCACUAAGCUGUACUUUCAGGAGCUUUUUGUCAUUUCAAGAAGAGGAGUUUUUACUGUGGAAGGCAGAACAGUGAGCUUUUCUUCCUUGGUUCUCCUCAUACAGUUAAGCAGGACUUGCUUUUUCAUAUGAGCAGGAACUGCCCUGAGAGAUUCUCCCUGCCUGGAAAGAGAAGUUGGGUCUCUUUCCAAACUGCACACUCCCCUGUGAUCAAGCUGCUGCUUGCUGUACUUCCUAGAAUAGCAGAGGCUCUUUUUACUCAUAUUGGAGGUCUCCAUCAAGGAGAUUCUUCCAAAGAUUCUUCUGUGACUCUCAGUCUAGUGCUCUCUAUGCAGACCUGGUUUUGUGGCAAAACUUUAAAAGAUGAUUUCCAACUCAGAUUAUGAUUAAGAUAAUAAUGUGUGAAAAAUUCUCCCACUGUGUUUCUUUUAGGCAUAUUUCUUACCCCUCCUUCUCUCCUCCAUGAUGUAGAUGUAAUAUUUGUGAGGUGUGUGGGGGAGGGAGCAUAUGUAAUAAUAAUGCUGGUGAUGACCUAAACAAUGCACUAAUGCUUUUAACUGUGAAUUGGGGUCAUAGUUUUCUGUAAGAGUGAAAAGAUCAAGAAGAUUUAAAGCUAAACUUUUUUUAAAUAAAACUAGAUUUGUGGUGUAUAGGCUAUGGUUUAGAGGCAUUUUUUUUUUAAAUUCUACUUACAAUGUUUAAGCUGAGAUGCAGGGACACCAUUACUGAAGCUACCCUUAAGUCUGCCUAAGAGUUGGACAUUAACUGAUAUAAAUUGAAAAGCUGGUUUUAGAUUCAGAUAAAUUUAAAUAAAAGCAUGCAUUUAUACUUAUCCUUUAAAAGCACCACAUGUUUAUGUUGCAGCUUCACCAUGUCCGUAUUUAAGCAUGUCUCUGUUUCCUGUUGCAUAUCAGGGAACUGAGAUAGAAGUGGAUGAAAAUGGCACUCUGGAUUUGAGCAUGAAAAAGAACCGAAGCCAAGACAAAGUUACGCCUCUCACUUCUUCCAGUACAGUACUUCCCACUCCUUCCUCUUCUCCUUUCAAAACAAGCAGCAUCCUGGUAAAUGCAGCCUUCUACCAGGCUCUUUGUGAGCAAGAAGGCUGGGACACACCAAUCAACUACAGCAAGACACAUGGCAGGAAAGAAGAAAAGGAGAAAGACACAGUGAGCUCUCCAGAAAACAUGGAAGAAAAAAAGUAUCCAGGAGAAGUCUCCAUACCAAGUCCUAAACCCAAGCUCCAUUCAAGAGAUCUCAAAAAGGAACUCAUCACCUGUCCAACUCCAGGAUGUGAUGGUAGCGGUCACGUAACAGGAAACUAUGCCUCACACCGCAGUGUUUCUGGGUGCCCAUUAGCUGACAAGACAUUAAAAUCCCUUAUGGCUGCUAACUCUCAGGAGCUUAAGUGCCCAACACCUGGUUGUGACGGCUCUGGCCACGUGACUGGGAACUAUGCAUCACACAGAAGCUUAUCUGGUUGUCCCCGUGCCAGAAAAGGUGGUAUCAAAGUGACUCCUUCCAAGGAUGAAAAAGAAGACCCUGAACUUAAAUGUCCAGUGAUAGGCUGUGAUGGCCAAGGUCACAUAUCAGGUAAAUACACUUCUCAUCGCACUGCUUCUGGUUGUCCUUUGGCUGCCAAGAGACAGAAGGAGAGUCCCGUCAAUGGGUCUUCACUAUCCUGGAAACUGAACAAACAAGAGCUGCCACACUGUCCUUUGCCAGGCUGCAACGGGCUGGGUCAUGUUAAUAAUGUUUUUGUCACCCACAGAAGGUAUAACUUUGUGUUUUCUUUUUCCUUUUUCCUUAAAGUUCCCCUGUUGAAUUGGCAACAAAUGAGGUUACAGUCUGAAUAAAUUGCGCAGAGAUCAUUUAAAUAAUGAAAUAGUUUACAUUGAAACUGAAGUAAUAUGGAUCAGAACAAGCUUGAAACAGCUUGGAUCAACUUUUAACUCUUAUUUUAUGUUCCCCUUGCAAUGUGACUUCCCAAGGUCUUUUUAUUCAGAUUAACAAUUUCUAUAUGGUUUAAAAUUUAAUAAGAGUUCUGUCGUAGGCAAAUAUGGAGUUGGAUCUGUGUAUCUUUUAUUGAAAAUUCAAAUAUCAUUGAAAUGUCAACAAAAGGGAUUAAGCAAGAGCAAUGUCUGCAUUUAUUUAAUCUUUUUAUCAGUGGCAAACUUGUUUUCAUAAACUUUGUAUUUAAAUCGCUAGAACUGCACAAAAAUUAAACACACAGACCUCAUGGAUCACACAAGUUUGCUGUUACAGUUUUACAAAAAAGCUGUCUUUACAAAGUAGGAAUCACACAUAUAGCCAGUGUUCAAUAAAUAUCAGAUUUUUAUAUAUUAAGAUGAAAGCAUUAAUAUAAUUUGAACAUGUUCAAUCAAUAUUACUACAAGAAUCUAUCUACAAAAUAAGAAAUACUACUUUGUAAAGUUUGAUCUUCUGUGCAUAGAGGGAAUUAAAUUUCUAUUUUACAUCUCCUUUGCUUUCUUUUUAACAUUCUGAAUCAAGUUCUCUACAAGAAUGUCCAAUAUGACCAGAACCAUUCACUCAAGGAAGUUCAGUAUAAUUCAGCAGAACUGUGUGUUCAAAUCCCACAGCCUCGGAAAUUGGUUGCUUAAAGGUUCCCCAGCAAGCUCCGUUGCUCUUACUUUUCCCUUUCCUUUCAACCCUUGGGUUCAUUCUGGUGAGCCACUCCUUUUUCUCACACUUUCCCCUAUCUCAGCCUCAAGCCUGUGGCUCUGCCCCAGCCCACUCCCAGCUCAGCACAAGACUUUGUUUUUCCUUAUUUGGUUGAAAUAUAGUUAAGCAGAACUCUUAGCUCAGCUGCUCGGACAAUGUCCUGCAGUUUGAGUGACUUAUUACCAGUUCCAUCUGCAGCAAAGUUUCAUGGUUGUGGUGGAUUCAGUAGCUUAAGAGUAAAACUGCUCUGCACGCAUUUCUCACUAUGUAGCAUUUGAUACUGGGACACUGCCAGUCCUCAGAAACAACCACCCAGGAUGGAAAUUAUAUCACAAAUCCUUCAUUGAAAUUUUAGGCAGCCCUACACGGAACCUUAACUUUUAAUGCCAAUGCCUCAUCUAUAUGGCAGAUGUAGUGGAAUCAGACCAUGAUGGGAAUGCUGAGGGAUAAAUUCCUUAAAGAGCUGUGAAUUGUUCAUAUGCAAAUUUACCUAUAGCAGAGAAGAAACCUCCAAAGCAGUGGAUUUGUCCAUAGUUAUCCUAAAUUUAUGAGCAUGGUAAAGUCUUUACAUUAGUCAUUGUCAUUGCCGAACCGCUCUCCAUCAUUUUUGAGAGGUCUUG